AUGAAUUCGUCUUACCUCAUCAUUGUCUGCCUGCUGGCCGUGACUCACUGCACAGAUGCAUUCCUGCCACUUGGCUACUAUGGAGGUUACCCAGGGUUUGGUUUUGGAACUUUGGUACAGCCAUACGUAAGCGUUCAUUCUUAUCCGGCUGCUUACACUUUCCAUGAGCAACCCUACUUGUACGGUCCUCGCACGUCUCUACGUAAUAUUGCUCAGCAUUUCCAUAGAGAGGAUAGCCAUCUCGUCGACACAAGCCUGAUUUCUCCGUUUUAUCAGUUCUACUAA